GAUGUUCAGCUAACAUUGCUCUGGGCAGUCUGGAAGGAAGUGAGAAAUCUACAUAAAUAAAGCUCCUGGAUGGGGCUGUACUAUACUGACACCUCAAGUGGACAACUCAGACCAUUACUGGAGACUGUACUCUGGGUUUCUCAGGACAGAGAAGCUUAGAAACCACAGCAUGGAAAGAAAGUCAGUGUACCUCUUAAUUAUGGGGGCUCUUGUAGCAUAUUAUGUGUAUAUGCCUAUCCCAGAUAAUAUCGAGGAGCCGUGGAAAGUGGUGCUUAUGAACGUGCUACUGAGAGCUUUUAUUAACCUGGGUUUAUUUAUCGAGUUUCUGGGGAUUUAUAAUUUCAUGGAUUUACUUGCACUAACCAUCAGCUUGGUGGAUGUCUCGCCAACUUCAGAUGAAACUGUCUCUGUGAUGGAUACCAAAUUCAAUAACACUCCAGUUCGUAUCUAUGUGCCAAAGAGGAAGACAGCUGGGUUAAGAAGGGCUGUGUUUUAUAUCCAUGGUGGAGGCUGGUGUAUUGGAAGUAGUGCUUCGUUCUUUUAUGACAGCGUCUCACGACGGACAGCAGAGAAACUCGAUGCUGUUGUCAUAUCAGCUGACUACAGAUUGGGACCUGCCCAUCGUUUUCCAACCCAGCUUGAAGAUGUGUCUAGUGCUUUAAGAUGGUUCUUUCGCAAAGAUGUUCUUGAACAAUACGCUGUGGACCCCGAGAGAAUCGGUAUUUCUGGAGAUAGUUCUGGAGGUUGUCUAGCUGCAGCAGUGAGUCAGCAGCUCCUAGGUAACCCAGAAAUCAAGAUCAAACUCAAGAUCCAGGCUCUAUUUUAUCCUAUACUUCAGUUUCUUGAUUUGGAAUUACCAUCAUAUCAAGAAUUUUCACACAUGCCAUUACUGUACAAGUCAUUUGCAGUCAGAUUCAUAAGUGACUAUUUUGCAAAUGAUAGGUCUUUUGAGAAAGUCAUUCUGUCCAACCAGCAUGUACCUGAAGAAUACAGUCAUCUCUUCAAGUUUGUUAACUGGAGCUCCUUGCUCCCUGAGAGGUUUAGAAAAGGAUAUGUUUACAAAAAUCCAACUUAUGGUAGCUCUGAAAUGUCUCAAAAAUAUCCAGGUUUCCUAGAUGUCAGAGCAUCUCCUCUGUUGGCAGAUGACAGCAAGCUGCGUGGUUUACCCCUCACCUAUUUCCUCACGUGUCAGUAUGACGUCUUAAGAGAUGAAGGACUCAUGUAUGUCACCAGACUCCGGAAUGCUGGAGUUCAAGUGACCCAUAUCCAUGUGGAGGGUGGAUUCCAUGGAGUUUUUGUAAUUCCUAAACUUAAAACAGCACAGAAAAUUUUUGAUCAGUACAUUAGUUGGCUAAAAGAAAAUUUAUAAUGAAACAAGCAUGGUAUAUAAUUUCAAAAUUAUACCAAAGCUCAAAUCUUCAGAAAGUCCACGUGGUAGAAAUGAGGUUAUUAUAGAAAGGUCCACGGAAUGUGCGCAUGUAUGAAUUUCAAGCUUUUUUUCUUUAUUGCACUUCAUGAACCUAUCCAGUAUUCACAUUGCACAUGUGCUAUGUUUGACAACUUCUUUCCUGUAUUUGAACACUUUUGUGUGUGUUCUGCCAAGUAGCAACAAUUGCAAGAAGAGAAAUGUAAGAAAUAGUGCCUGCCUGAGUAACGUCAACAUCUUUAAAGACACAUUUAUGGUUUUAAGUACUCAUUAACAGCAAUCUCACUUGCUUCCCACGUUUUUCCAAAACUGUCUUCCUCAGGGCAAUGCCACUUACCUACACCUGUAAGUCUCUAUUCAUUGAAAUGGCACUACAAUCAGAGAAACUGGCAUCACACUAGUAGAUAUGAAUAUCUCUGUGGCACUUUGUGUUUGGGGAAAAGAUCAAGUGUGAAGUUCAUUAAAGAAGUGAAGAGGAUGAUGAACAAUGUCUUAAUCAUAGACUUCAGAAAUAGAAGUAGAUAAACCACCAUUACAAAUUUAGACAAUUUUAUUCUGUGUAAAUCCCAUUUAGACUCUGCAGAGAAGAGGGUAAGACAUUUGCAUGAUGCUUUCAGAUCAGGCAGAAUAUUUAUAUUGUCCAUGAUCUCAUGCAUCAAAAUCCUGAGGAAACACAUGAGCGGGGAACAUCACAUGGUGGAGCAGCUCUGCUCACAUGGCCACCAGUGACCAAGCCAAGUGUUCUCUCUGUAUUUCACUAUGGUUAGUAUCUGUGAUUGUUUAUACGCAUAAUUACUCUCUUUGUAGCACCACCUGAAAAUGUUUAAGAUAGAGAUCUGAUAGUGAAAAAGAGCUACCUGUAAAGCCACUCUGCUUUGUGAAAAUUAUUACUAAUCCCAGAUGCUCCAAAUGAGAAAUACAUUAGACUGCCACACCUAGGAUCAUAUUGUAAGUCAUUUUCAAAAUAAAAAUUUUCUAGCUGGAAUAAUGGUGAUCUUAUGCUAAGAAAUAUGACAAUAAUAGGCAUAUAGCAGAGUAAAAUGCUCAUAUCUAUCAACUUGUCAAAUAUUCUGAUACACAUUUCUGUCAUAAAUAAAGCAUUUGAUAUUUAUUACUGAAUGUAAUGGGGGGCAUAAAUGUUGUAUAUAUGCAGCUAAUUGAUUUUUUUCUGUACUAUGAAAAAA